AUGUCUGGUUUCGAUGGUGAUUUAAAUAUAGGAAGCGGUAUGCAAUCUUCAUCCAAUUCUCAAGGAUUCAGUCUUCAAAUGUUCGGCAAGCCAACCAUUGUACUUGCUCAUUUAUCCUUCAAAGGAGCCGCACUAUUCUUCUAUUUCUUUGCCAAUUUCUUCACGGAUAGUUUUAUUGUUCAAUUCUUGACUAUUCUCACAUUAUUAUCAAUGGAUUUUUGGGCGGUGAAAAAUAUUACUGGUAGAUUAUUAGUUGGUUUACGAUGGUGGAAUUUCGUAGAUGCUGAUGGUAACAAUCAUUGGAAAUUUGAAAGUGCAAAGGUUAGUUUUAGAUCAAAAACAUUUUUUAAAUAAAACAUAUUUCAGGAUAAUUCCCGUUUCCCAGCAAUUGAUCGUCGUGUUUUCUGGCUUGGUCUAGUUGUAGGACCACUUGCUUGGGCAUUCUUCGUUGUAACCGCAUUCUUGACUUUCAAAUUCGAAUGGAUGAUUGUUGCUCUUCUCGGAUUUAUGAUGAAUGUCGCAAACUUGUAUGGAUACUUGAGAUGCCGCUGGAAUAAUACCGAACAAAUGACAAGUUAUUUUUCAAAAUGGGCAUUUUUAAAUGUCCUUCGACGAUCUCAACCACAACAACAACAACAAGCAAAUCUGUUUCAACAAACUGUAUAA